CGUGUUUUGGCAAGUUAUGUCACAGUGGAAUCAGACGGGACCAAAAUGAAGGCUUUCUGUUUUUUGGUUGUUGUUGGGGUUGUUUGCGCUGCUCCAGGAAGAGAAAAGCGACAGCUCAACCUUGGGAUGAACCACUGCAACUUUCAGGCCGCCAACCCGUGCACUGCCAGUAAGACAACCAGCCAAGUGUUCUACCCUCAUCCGAACGACAACACAAAAUUCAUUCAGUGCAAUGCUCUGGGAGAGAUGUACAUUAUCCAGUGUCCCUCUGGAAAGCUUUAUAACCCUGCAACUGUAUCCUGUGUGUCAAGGAACUUUAUUCCACAUGGAACAGGUGGGGGACAAAUAACUGUGGCUCUCGGCAGCAACCCUUGCACACAGCAAAACAUCGCUCGCGGGAACUUGUACUUCGCAAUCGCUGGCGACACUCAUAAAUUCAUUGAGUGUGACCUGUUGGGAAAUGCCAACCAGCUGACUUGUCCUUCCCUGCUGGUGUGGGAUCAGACACGUCUUUCAUGUGUUUACAGCUUCCAGAGCGGUCAGCCAUUACCCACACCAAACACCGCCAUUUUACCAAGUACCGGGGUCACAACAAACCCUUGUAAAAACGCUGUUGUCACCACUGGAAACUCCCAGUUUUUCUCACAUCCCGACCCAUCCAAAUUCAUCCAGUGUGACAUCGCCGGAGACGCCUAUGUUUUGUCUUGCCCGUCUGGUCUUGUUUGGAACGAGUUCAGUACAACAUGUGUGUCUCCAUAUACUCAAGCUGUGGGCACACGCCCAUAGAGAAUUGUACUGAUUAUGGAAUCUCUUACCUGGACACAGUUAAACCCCUUGUUUAUAUAUUUUUACAUGAAUUUACUAUUAAAUAAUUGAAUUU